UUUCUUCCCCUCUGCCGUCACCAGUUCCUCUUCCCCAGGGCCCAGCGAGUGAGCACAGAGCCUCGGGGCCUUGAAGCCGCUGCCUGCCGUCUCUGGCCGGACGUCCAGGCCGCCCGCAUGGGGACCGAGCUGGCCUGGGCUCUGCUCCUGCUGCUGCGGACGCUUCGCGGCCAGGAGCCGUCCUGCGCCGUCUUCCCCGGAGACGUGGACUGGAGCCGCGAGUUCAACGCCAGCUGCCUGAACUUCAGCGGCCGCGCGCUGCGCCUGCCCCCGGACCAGCCGCUGCGGGCCAGGCGCCUGCGGCUCCUCGACCUGUCGGGCACCGGCCUGAGGGAGCUGCCGCCGCCCUUCCUGGCGUCCCUGCCGCAGCUGCGGGUCCUCAGCGUGCUGGACAAUCCGCUGGACAGCGUGGACGCGGCGCUGGCCACACGCUGCGACCUGGACCUCAGGGCCGACUGUACCUGUGCACUGGGUCCCUGGCACCAGGCCUGGCACGAGAACUGCUCCGGCCAGGAGCCCCUGCGCUGCCUGCACCGGGCCGCGGGCGCCUGGCGGAACCUCUCCGACUUCCUGGCGGUCAGCUGCGCCCCCGGCCUGGCCCCGGCCGCUGUUGGAGGAGGGGCGGCCGGCGGCGUCCUCCUCCUCGCGCUCGCCGUGGCAGGUGCUGUGCUCGCCUGGAGACGCUGUGGGCACCGGGCAGCCGGCACCCAGGGCCCAGGGAAGGCCUGGGAACCUCAGGGUGGGGCCAGGCCUGCCUCGGGCACCCAGCCGCGGUAUAGCAGCCGCAGCUCGGGCCUCAAAGCCCCCGCGGCCGGGCCGCCCCGCGCCGCUGCGCCCGACUACGAGAAUGUGUUCGUGGGACAGCCGCAGGAUGGGCACGAAUGGCCGGGUCAUGGGGCUCACCCUUCUGAGGACGGCGACUUCUAUAUGAACUACAGGGGCCCCAGCCUGGAUGCACAGCCCGUUUACGGCAACCUGCAGGCCCCCGCACAGGAAGAUGAGUAUGAACUCUCCCAGCACUGAGCCCGCCAGGCCCUGCUGGGUGACUCGGGCCCUUCUGCCUCCUUUGCUUCAGUUUCUCCAUCUGAGCGCAAGACAGAGCCACGGGGAUGCGGCACAAGGCCCGGCAGGGCCGCACGCGCCCCCGCAUCCCCUCCCCUGGCAUCAAGUGGCGCUCAAUAAAUGCUCGGGAUGGACGAGGCUGGGGCAGACUGCGCGUCCCAGCCCUGUGCCGCAGGCCUCCCGCCUUUGCCGGGUG